GCAUACGAGACGGCUAAUUGUCCGAAGAUCGUUUGUCCGAACUUAAUUUAUCUAUCUAUAGUAAGUAAAAUGAGUAAAGUAGUUAAUUACAUUAUGUUAUUUCAUUUAGUGGCAGUUGUUGAAUUAAGAGCUAAAUCAGGUACAGAUACCAUCUGGAGGGCAAACGAAGUGCCUAACUGCAGUUCCGGGCUUGGAAAAGGGCUAAUGAAAUAACUUACGCUAUUUCACUAACAUAAGUAAAUAAUCUUAUUUUUGAACAAGUCUUGGUUCGCGCCACGCCGUGGAUCGGCUGUAGUGUGCCACGGCUCUCGGAUCUGCGAUGGGUGGGUCACUUUCCUAAGUGCCGGGCGCGGUAUGGGGGGGCGGGGAGAUUGCCAAGUUCAGCGGUCUCAUAGCGCCGUAUAGGUAGGCAACAUCUUGCUUGUAGAGCUUGCGUGUAUUGCGGGAUAGCCUACCCGGAGUCUCGCAGGCGCCGAGCCUCCCUAAUUAUUAAUAGCAAAUCGCCCAUAAUAGUUUAUUAUCCAGAUCAUUUCAUUAUUGUGACAUGGCACUUCCCUUUGGUUGCCGCCUGGAGCCACACAACGAUGCACGGGACGGGAAGCAUCCCCAAAGGAUCACAUCCUGGACAAGCGAGGCGGGAUUGCCUACCCCAGGAAAGAAUCACAUCCCGCGACCACGCUAUGUCGGAACUUGGCCCAGAAAUGUUCUUGACAUGAGCAAGAGAAGUCUAUGGAGUCAUUUUACCCAAAAGAAUAGGAAGAUCGGCCUGGAGGUGCACCUGACUUGGACAUCAGCAAAGCAGCCUAUGUGUCACCUGCUGUAUGCUGAGUUGGCGUCGCAACACACAGCAGGAGGAAUUGCUCCUUUUUCUCAUGAUCGCAGGAAUGAAUCUGGUAAGUUUUGACUUUCAGUGUGAUGAUAACAUAAUAUACCAGUACAUUUAUGGUUGUCAUGUCUGGUAAAAAUUUAUUUUGGUAUUGUUUCUAUUUGGGGGUUACUUGUCAUUUCUUUACUGGUUAUUCUUAUUCCAUAUGUACGGCUUAUUACUUGAGCCUAAAAUAUAUAGUAGUGUUUUAAUUUUAGUGCGGAACUGGAGGCAAAUCAUUCGUAAUCUUUGACAGUAAUGCUGCUAUUUAUUUCA